AUGGAACUGGAGCGCCUGCGUGCGGAGAACGCCCGCUUGCGGCAGGGCCAGGCUCAGAUGAUCGGCUGCGUCGCGGCCCUCGCCUCCGUCGUCGAGGCCUGCCUCGACGAUCUGCCUGCCGAGGGCGCAGCAGAGGGCCGCACCGCGCGGCUGCAUGUCGCCUUCCUGCAGCGCGCGAUGCCCAUCCUCCGGCAGCAGGUCGACGAGUCCAGAGCCCAGCUCGCCGCCCACUCCGCCGCCGCCGCUCUGCCCGCCGACUCGGCGAGGACGUCUGCGGCGUCGUCCCGAGGCAGCAGCGUGGCGAUCGAGACGUCGGAGCUGAACUGGCGCUCCUCGGCGGGUGGAGCGCCCCCUCCGCCGCCAACGCCGCCGCCGCCCGAGACGGCGCGAGUCGGCGAGAAGGGAUGUGAGUCUGACCUCACCUCGGCCACCACCGGCGCGUCGGACGCGGAGGCGGAGAGGGGGGCGGGCACGCCGCUGGGGCGCGCCACCGACCUCUAA